AUGGAACACGAAACCCUUUUAUCUGCCUACAUUGAAUCAUUGAAACACGACAAUGAUUUGGAUCACAAAAAUGGUGAUACGGAGGCAAGUACGAAAGCUUGCAAGAAGGACAAGAGAUGGACAAGAAAGUACCUUGGGCUAUGCAUCAGUCUCUGCGUGGUUAGCGUACUCAUUGGCUUCUUAGGUAGCCGGUUGUUGCAAAGAACGAUAUCAAACGCGCUGAAGACGAAUUCUGAGUCCGCAACAGAGAUCUGUCAAGCGCCAUCUAUACGACGCGAAUGGCGCAGUCUGAGCGAAUUUGAGAAAGACACUUAUACAGAUGCUGUCCUCUGUCUACGAACGAAGCCUUCGCGGAUCGGAAUGAACCAUACCCUCUGGGAUGACUUUCCAUAUGUACACUUCCAGUCUAACGACGAUAUACAUUUUGCGGCACCGUUUCUCACUUGGCACCGUUAUCUCAUUCACACAUAUCAUCAGGCGUUGGUGACGGAAUGUGGUUAUAAUGGAGAGCUCCCGUACUGGGACUGGACGCUGGACUGGCAGAACCUCUCUGCCGCGCCAGUUUGGGAUCUCGAACAUGGUUUCUCCGGCAAUGGCCACGAGAGCUCAGAACCCAGCGCCUUGUUUCCACGUUCGCAUUGCAUCGAAGAUGGUCCAUUCGCUAACGUCAAUGUUUCACUCGCUGGUGCUACAUACGCGCCUCAUUGUCUGACUCGCGACUUCGGGUCCUUUAGACAUGAGCCCGUUGCGAGCCUAUCGCAGCACCUUCGGCCGAGCGCAAUUGAGGCUCUUAUGGAAGAAGACGACUACUACAAGUUUCUCCUAAAAUUUGAAGAUGGUGCGCAUAUAGCGAUACCGAAGUUCAUUAUGGGAGAUUUUCACCUGUUCACAUCGCCUAAUGGUAGGUGCUUCCAAUUCUUCUUGACCGUUUUGCUCACAUUCCUGAAAAUGGAGAACAGCUCCACUGAUGCAUUGGUAGACCCAAUAUUCUUUCUCCAUCAUGGGCAAAUUGACAGGAUUUGGUGGCGGUGGCAGCAACAUAAUCUACAACAGCGACAAUACAGGUACACAGGUAGCUUCAAGCCCAGGUCGAAAGAGCAGGCAAAUUUCGAUGAUAUUGUCUCGAUUGGAGGUCUUGCUCCGGAUAUCAAGGCUUCAGAACUCUUGAAUGUACGAUCGGGUAUAUUUUGCUAUACAUACUAG